GAUCGGCGGCGCCGGGGCGGGCGGGCUGCCCGGCCGCGGCCAUGGGGGCGGCGGCGGCCGAGGCCGAUCGGACCCUUUUCGUGGGGAACCUGGACCCCAAAGUCACCGAGGAGCUCAUCUUCGAGCUGUUCCACCAGGCCGGGCCGGUGGUGAAGGUGAAGAUCCCCAAGGACCGGGACGGGCGGCCCAAGCAGUUCGCGUUCGUCAACUUCAAGCACGAGGAGUCCGUCCCCUACGGGCUGAGCCUGCUGAACGGCAUCAAGCUCUACGGGAGGCCCAUCAAAAUCCAGUUCCGCUCAGGGAGCAGCCACGCGUCCCAGGAUGGCAAUGCCUUGGGGUCCCCGCACGGAGCCGCCAGCGCCAGCCCGGCCGGCGCAACCCACCCAGCAUCGACCUGCGGCAGGUACGAGCGGGGCGCUGAGAGCACGGUGGCAGCGGGUUUCUCCUCGGCGCAGCGGUCCCUGCCGUCGGCCGACAACCUCCAGAGACCAGCAGCGAUGAACGCGUGGCAGCCGCCGCACUUCGGAGGGAAGUACGAGCAGCCCGGCUUCGCCCUGCCCGGCUACCAGCACACGCCCCACGCCUUCCACCCCUCGCCGGCCCCGCCGGUGCCGCGGCGCCCGGAGGGGCCGGCCCCACGCAAGGCCAGGCUGGGCACCCACCCUUACCACCCCGACAGCCGGCACUUCGGGCGCGAGCCGCGCUUCGGGGAGCGGGGCAAGAGGGAGGAGUACGGCUUCGAGGAGAGGGGCCACGAGGCCGAGCAUCACUACAGGGCGGGCCGGGAGGAGCCUGCCUACGAGGACAGGCACCGGGACUGCUGGAGCCACGACUACGACUACCGCAGGGAGAGCUACAGAGAGGCCAAGUGGCACCCGUCGCGGCACUAGCGCCGGUGCGAGGGACUUGAUGGCCAAAAAGGCUCCAUCUACUUCUUACCGAGUAUACGUAUAUAAAAAAAAAAAAAAAACAAACCAACAACCCCCCCAAACGCAAUCCUUAGAGAUUACCUUUUAAUGUCUGUAAAGCAACUAGCGGCGGCGUCCUCCUAAACGCGCGUCUCGUUUUUGAAAGCAUUUGCUCUCGCGUGCCGGCAGGGUAGUGUGGGUGUCGGGCAGCACGGCGAGGGGGGCCGUGCUGGGCCUGGCGCGUUCCGGCUCCUUCAGUAUCUCACCCGGCGUUUUUUUUAUACGGAAUAUUUGAAUAGUCCCUGGCUUAGAGAAGAGCAUUAAAAGUCUCUCUGAACGAA